CCGAUAUGGAAUCGCUACAUAAAAUCUAUAAGAAGAUAUCAUAAACUAUCUCCUAUAAUCUCCCAGAUUUAUUACAAGAACUGAUAUUGGAAGUUAUUUUCCCAAAGAAAACCUCAUUUGUGGAAAAACUUAUAUUCUAUAAAUUACAAAAGAUUAUAAGUAAUUUCUAAGACUGCGAGAGAACCGUAAAAACACAAUAUACUACACCAAGACGACAGAAAUUAAAUCACGCAUUUCAUGCAAUGAUCUUUUUAUGCACACACUGGAUUAUGAUUUCGUCCACCGGAAUGUCGUGCUGCGCUACAGAUAAAUUUUCCAGUCAGUGACAUAGAAUAAUUAUGUUUGUGUCUCACAUAUUGAAAUACUUCGGAUUUCUCAAAUAAGAAAAAGAAUACUUUUCAGUUAGCGGAAUUGUAAAAGUUAGAAAAUCUAUUCGUGUAUAAGCAAAGAAUGUACAUAAUGGAAAAAAAGGUGGAACAAAAUGGAAAUCAUUUCCUGUCAAUUGGAAACGGAAGUGCUAAAUCAAAAGAGAACGAAGCGCGUGCUUCCAUGACGAAGUCAACUUCCGGUUUGAGCAACCUGAAGCAAAAGGAAACAAUAGUAACUAUUUCCGGUGGCGACAAAGGAUGUUAUUUCUCAAGAGUACAAGUGGGCGUGUUUGUGUUUGCGUUGCUUUUGACUCUUAGUGCUGUAAUAGUGUUGGUCGUCUGCUUUUCGGACUCAAACCGACAUUUUCACAGGCUCAAUCCUACGGUUGAGAAUGUUUGUAAAUGUGCAGACAGCCAAGUGAGCUACGUGACCCAUCCAGAAAAUACAGUUGCGUUACAUACUGCUCUAGCAGUUCGGAGCACAAGUGAACCUUUUACAAUUUCUGAUCAACCGGAAAUAGGCAUUCGUCUGCCUGGUGACGUCAUACCUGUACACUAUGACAUCGAUCUUGACGUCAGUAUAGACAAUGAGAACUAUACCGGAAGCGUGAAAAUUUUGACAAAUUGUUUAAAAGACACGAGUUUGCUAAUUUUACAUGUGAAACCUUACAUUCUUAAUGUUAAUGAAGCAGAAGUUUAUAUAUAUCCCUUGAAAAAAGGGGACACAAAUAACACAAACAAUAAAAGUUUUAUACCAGUCACAAGGCAAUUUAUGGAUUUCGACAAAGAAAUACACGCAAUCGAGUUGAAGGAACCUAUGAUGAAAGGCAUUCAGUAUAUCAUAUACAUCAAAGAUUUUCAAGGCUUCUUAUUUGCAGAUUUAAAAGGAAUGUAUAUGAGCUCGUAUAAAAAUAAAAAUGGCGAUACAAGAAAUCUAAUCGCAUCCCAACUUCAAUCAACAGACGCAAGGAAAGUGUUUCCAUGUUUUGAUGAACCAGAUAUGAAAGCGACAUUUUCAGUUUCAAUAACCCAUUCCUCUGAAUACACUGCAUUAUGUAAUAUGCCUGUAGAAUCAGAGAAAUGCUUUGAUGAUUGUUCAAGGACUCGUGUACAGUUUCAGACAACACCACUUAUGUCAACAUACCUGUUAGCAUUUGUUGUAUCUGAUUUUGAUUACUCAGAAACGAUACUAGAAAAUAAUUACACGUUACGUAUCUGGUCACAACCGGAUCUCAUCAACCAAACAUAUUAUGCCUUAGACUUUGCCACAAAGACAUACGCCUACUUCACGGACUACUUUCAGAUGCCAGAUGUAGUUCCAAAAGCAGAUCAUGUGGCAGUCCCGGACUUCAGUGGCGGUGCUAUGGAAAACUGGGGUCUCGUAAUCUAUCGCGAGACUGCCUUAUUGUAUGACCCGGAAGUCAGUUCAAGCUCAAAUAAAUAUAUGGUUACGUUGAUUAUUGCACAUGAGAUCGCACAUACGUGGUUUGGCAAUAUGGUAACCAUGAAAUGGUGGGACGAUUUGUGGCUGAACGAAGGUUUCGCGAGCACCCUAAUGUACUUUGCUAUGGAUAAUGCUUAUCCUGAAUGGAACGUGCUAGACAUUGUUGUAGCAGAAGACAUGUUUCCAGUCAUGGUCAAAGACGCCCUAGAAACGUCACAUCCGGUUUCUCCAAAUAUCAACCACCCAGACGAAAUAGCUGAGUCAUUUGAUCAAAUAUCAUACAAUAAGGGAAUGGCUUUGUUGCGGAUGUUGGAAACAUUUCUUGGCAAGGAUGGAUUUCGCAAAGGACUGCAGUCAUACGUGAUGAAAUAUAAGUUUGACAACGCCGAAAUGUCCGAGCUGUGGGAGACAUUUACAGAAGCGACAAAUAGUUCCUUAAAAAUUUGUGAGAUUAUGGACACAUGGACACGACAAAUGGGAUAUCCAGUCAUCAAUAUAAAAGCGGACGGAGAUUAUUAUAUUCUAGAACAGACUCGCUUCCUUAUCAACGCACAGAAGGACAAACAGGAUAUAGAAGAUUCAGAUUAUGGCUAUAAGUGGUACGUUCCCUUCACAUAUAUGAUGGAAGACGAUGUGACAUUAAGGUUGCACUGGCUGAAAAUGGGACCAGGUAAAAUCAAGAAGACUUCCGGUGGUUGGAUCUUAGGAAAUGUAAACUAUGGUGGUUUCUAUCGUGUCAAUUACGAACUGGAAAUGUGGCAGAGGCUGGCAAAACAACUUUAUAAAAAUCAUACGGUUAUAAGCCCUCCCAACAGGGCAGGUCUCAUUGGAGACGCCUUUAAUCUUGCCAGAGCAUCAAUGCUUGAUUACGGACUGGCUCUAAACCUAACAACGUAUCUCCGCAAUGAGGAAAACUACGUCCCCUGGAAAGCGUUCUUAGACUGUUUUGAGUUCAUACGGGGGAUGUUAUCAAAAGAAAGCGCAUACGUUGCACUAGAGAAAUAUAUAGGAGAGUUGGUUGCGCCAGUUUUUGCAAAGAUUGGAACUGACGAUCAUGGCACACUACCUGAAAUGUACUUGCGGAGGUUGUUGCUGAAGACAGGGUGUGAUACUGGUGUAAAAGCGGCGGUGCAAUAUGCUAAAGACCAAUUCCGUGCUUGGAUGAUAAACGGGACUAGACUUCCAACCGAUUUCUCUCAAGUUAUUUAUGCUGUUGGAGUGCGAGAGGGUAGCGUUGAUGAAUGGGAUUAUGUAUGGAUUAAAUCUCAAGAGACCAACUCCCCAUCGGAACGAGAGAUGCUGCUGGAGGCGUUGGCACACACACAAAAACCAUGGCUGCUUUGGAGGUAUGCUAACUGGAUAUUUGACGUGAACAAAAUUAAGAUGCAAGAUGUCCGUCUAGUCAUGAGCUAUUUCUCUAACACACCUUUAGGAAGGAUGAUUGCUUUACAUUUUCUAAUGACUAGAUGGGACGAUCUUAAUGAAAAGUUUGGUGAUGAUACGUUUAUCAUAAGAGAGAUGAUUGGGGAGGUUACUGCAUAUGUAAACACAGAAUUUGUACUAAAUCAGUUGGAGCAUCUGUUUACAGAAAAGCCACCGAAAGGAGCAAAGAAAGGAGCGGAUAGCGCCAUUGCCCUUAUAAGGGCAAAUAUUGGAUGGAUGGACAAAAACUAUGCUUCGAUUGCUUCUUGGCUUGAUCAGCAUGUGGAGAGCAGUUUUUAAAUAUCUAACAGACAUAGAAAUGUGUAUUUUGACAGUUUUCCUUUCCGUGAAGUUAUAGACCGUAUAUUAAAGCGAUCAAAAUUUCAGAAAAACAGCAGUACGAAAUCGUCAAUAUCCUUCUCCUAAACAAUAAUGAAGCCAAAAAUGUUCCUGCCUCCAGCAGAUUUCUUUAACUAAAAAUAUAUUCUAGAAAUUUCAGUAAUAAUUAAUUCUAAUAUUUUCUACAUUUUUUUCUCAACAAGUUGUUAAAUGUAUAUACUAAACGUGUCUACGGUAUUUUUUUUUCGCUUACAGUGUGAGAGGUGAAUACAUACUUUGAUAGUUUCGCUUACAGUUUUAAACGUGUCUAUAAUAUUCAUUUGUUUCGCUUACAGUGUGAGAGGUAAAUACAUACUUUGAGAGUCUCGCUUACAGUUUUAAACGUGUCUAUAAUAUUUCAUUUUUUUUUUCGCUUACAGUGUGAGCCGUGUGUACAUACUUUGAUAGAAUGGCUUACAAUUUUAAACGUGUCUACAGUAUCUUUUUUUCUCUCACAGUGUGAGACGUAUAUAAUACUUUGAUAGUUACGCUUCUAGUUUUAGACGUGUCAACAUUUUUUUUCGCUCACAGUGUGAAACGUGUAUACAUUCUUCGAUAGUUUCGCUUACAGUUUAAACGUGUCUACAAUAUUCAUUUUUUCUUUUACAGUGUGAGACGUGUACACAUACUUUGAUAGUUUCGCUUACAAUUUUAAACGUGUCUACAUAUUUCAUAUUUUCACUUACAGUGUGAGACGUGUAUAUAUACUUUGAUAGUUUCGCUUACGGUAUUAGACAUUACCAACUUUUAGUAACAUCGAUCUAUCGGAAAAUCGAUAAA